AGAGACAUUUAGUGUUCCUCCUUGACAGCUCAGAUUGUGAUCUCAUCAUGUUCAUUUACUAUAUCUUGUCAGCACUCGUGCUUGUGCUUACUUUUCAUAGUCAAGCUCAUGCAGGAAAAAUUAUUGGAGGCCACAAGGCUGUAGCACACAGCAGGCCAUACAUGGCAUUAGUGGAGUGCUACGGUGCAAAUGGUAAAAAGAAUCACUGCGGUGGAUUCCUCGUAAGUGAGGAAUUUGUGAUGACUGCCGCCCACUGCAAAGCCGAGUCCUAUAAAGUCUGUGUUGGGAUGGAUUAUUACAGUGAUAAAGACAAGUUAUGUCUGCCUGUGAAGCAUGAUUUUCCACAUGGGAAAUACAAUAAAACAACUUUCACAAAUGACGUCAUGCUACUGAAGUUGUCUACCAGGGUGAUUUUCAACAAGAAUGUGAAACCUAUUCGUCUGGCAGACAUGAAUGACCCCGUGCCAAAAACAUGUCUAGUCUCUGGCUGGGGAGCAACAAGCAAUGACAAUAAUAAUAAUUGGAUGUCUGAUAAACUCAUGGAAGUUAACGUGACGCUCAUUGACAAUGAUCUCUGUGAUGAGAAAAUCGUGUACUGCUCUGCAGGAGAGAAGAGACCGGGUCAAGGAGACUCUGGUGGCCCGUUAGUCUGUGAAGAUGGGAAGGCCUAUGGAGUGAUCUCAGCAAAAGCCCAUGGUCUUCAACUGUAUAAGUACACCAAGAUACCUGACAAAAUGGAGUGGAUUGAUGAGCUUAUGAAACUUAACUGAUUAAAUACUGUGAUUCUCUCUUUCACCAACAUAGUACUAAAUUCGAAUGAUUACAGUUUUGUGUAACUUCUUUUUGAUUAAAAUAACAUAAAAUGGUUA